AUGGCAUUAGCUAUUUCCUCUUCAUCUGCUGUUCAGAGCUCUCCCAUGUCCGCCGCCAUUGAGCAAACCAAAGGCGCUCAAUUCGGCGCGUCCCAGGUGUUGGAUUGGCCACGUGUCUCACCGACGUCCCUGAAUUUCUCCCGGCGGCGUUGCGCCGUGAGGCCGUUGAAUGCCGAGCCGAAGAGGAAUGACUCAAUUGUUCCUUCAGCGGCGACCUUGUAUGCCCCUGAGGUUGUCGGGAAAGUGGUGGAGGAGGAAGAUUAUGAUAAAUUGGCAAAGGAGCUGGAAAACUCAUCCCCACUUGAGAUCAUGGACAGGGCCCUUGAGAAAUUUGGGGAUGACAUCGCCAUUGCUUUUAGUGGGGCAGAAGAUGUUGCUCUGAUUGAGUACGCCCAUCUGACCGGACGCCCGUUCAGGGUCUUCAGCCUGGACACCGGGCGGUUAAACCCCGAGACAUACAAAGUAUUUGACGAGGUCGAAAAGCGGUACAACAUCCGCAUCGAGUACAUGUUUCCGGAUGCUUCCGAGGUCCAGGCACUGGUUCGGGCCAAGGGCCUCUUCUCCUUCUACGAGGAUGGCCACCAGGAGUGCUGCCGUGUCCGAAAAGUCCGUCCCCUAAGACGGGCCCUCUCGGGCCUGCGCGCCUGGAUAACGGGCCAGCGCAAGGACCAGUCACCCGGCACACGUUCCGAGAUCCCCGUUGUCCAGGUGGACCCAGCCUUUGAGGGAUUGGAUGGUGGGCCCGGAAGCCUCGUCAAGUGGAAUCCAUUGGCGAACGCAAAGGGAAAUGACGUGUGGAGCUUUUUGCGGGCCAUGGACGUGCCCGUCAACUCCUUGCACUCGAAGGGCUAUAUCUCGAUCGGGUGCGAGCCGUGCACGAGGCCUGUUUUGCCAGGUCAGCAUGAGCGGGAGGGUAGGUGGUGGUGGGAGGACGCGAAAGCCAAGGAGUGUGGGCUCCACAAGGGCAACAUCAAGGAGGAGAAUUUGAUUUUGAACGGCAAUGGUAGUGGGCCGAUGCACGCGAACGGGACUGUGGGCCAUUUGGAUCUUUUCGAAACGAAGAAUGUGGUGAGCCUGAGCAGGCCCGGGAUUGAGAAUCUGCUGAGGAUGGGGAAUAAUAGGAAGGAGGGAUGGUUGGUGGUGUUGUAUGCUCCCUGGUGCAGGUUUUGCCAAGGGAUGGAGGAGUCAUUUGCUGAGCUGGCAGAUAGGAUGGUGGGGUCCGGGGUGAAGGUGGCUAAGUUCAGGGCAGAUGGGGAGGAGAAGGCGUUUGCUCAGAGGGAGCUGCGGCUCGGGAGUUUCCCGACUAUUCUGUUUUUCCCGAAGAAUUUGUCGAGGCCGAUCAAGUAUCCCUCGGAGAAGAGGGAUGUGGAGUCGUUGAUGGCCUUUGUGAACGCAUUUCAAUAA